AUGGGGCUUUUGAGCUGUCAUGUUGCAGAACAUUUUCAGCACUCCCACACAACCAUGCAGAAAUAUUUCAAGAGAAUCUUGCUUGCUUUGUCUUUGGCACCCUUCUACAAUAAAUUUGUAUUUCUUCCACAGGAGGACAUGCCUAUUCCAGUGGAGAUAUCAGGGAAUCCAAAACUCUUUCCACACUUUGAAGGGGCACUUGGAGCUAUGGAUGGUACACACAUUGCAUGUUGUCCAUCAGUGGAAGAAAGACAGCUUGCAUGA